GCCGGCGGCGGCGGAUGGCGGAGCCGUGGCGGGGAGCGGAGCCGCUGUGGCGGACGCCGCCGGAGCGCUUGGCCCCGCCGCACGUUUACCGCAUGGCGGGGGCGUUGGGGGCCGAGCUGCGCCGACUUUCCGGCCGCUUCGGGCCCGAGGCCGUGGCCGGGUUGGUGCCGCCAGUCGUGCGGCUGCUGGAGCUGCUGGAGGCGCUGGUGGCCCCGGUGGGAGCCGAGGGGGAGGCGCCGGCACAGCCGGGCGGGCGGCAGGACGCGGAGAACCCGGAGCAGAGGCUGUGGGAGGCCGAGCACCGGGAGCGAGCCCUGCACAGCCGCCUGGCCCGCCUGGAGGAGCAGAACCGGCAGCUCCUGGGACAGCUUGCGGAGAGCCAGUCCCAGGAAGACAGCACGGCGCGGAAGGAGCGGGAGGUGAUGCUGCGGCUGAAGGAGGUGGUGGACAAGCAGAGGGAUGAGCUUCGUGCCCAGGCCCACGAGAUCGUCUGCAAGAGCCGAGACACGGAGGCGGUGAGCGUGUGGGAGCUCGCGGGUGUGGUGUGCGAAGGGCCCGGGGACCUGCUUUCAUGUCACCUCCCCCUGGGGCUGUCGUCGCGGCCGCUGCAGGAGCAACUGCAUCGCUUCAUGGCCAUGAACGAGGACCUGCGUCACAAGGUGGCCGUGGUGCAGGCUCAGCUCAAGAGCGCGCUGGAGAAGAAGUCGGACCUGGAGGCCGCGAUGCUGCAAGCCCAGAGGGAAACGAGCAGGAGGAGCAGGACCAGUGAGAUCCAGCGGCCAAAGCCCAGCCUGGAAGGAGCACCGUCGCCCGCGGAGGAGCCGCAGCACCAGGAUGCGGGCAGGAGCCCUGCUCACUGCUGCUUCUCCAAGGAAGAGCUGCAGCAGAUCCUGCAAGAGCGGAACGAGCUCAAGACCAACCUGUUCCUGGUGCAGGAGGAGCUGGCCUAUUACCAGCGGGAGCUGCUGAAUGAAGAGAGAGUUCCCGGCUUCUUCUUGGAUGCAAUGAAGUCGACUAUCAAAAGACAGAGAAAAAAAAUCAGAGCCAAAAUGCUGGGAACGACGGAGGAGUCGGCAAGCAGUGAUGAAGAUGAGGGCUCCUGGUUCCCAGCCCGUGGCACGGACUGUGUGGAUGCUCAGCCUCCUGAUUCCAAAAUUAGGAGCUUUUUUGGGCUGUGGUAUCAGGGCAGCAGCAAAGACCCCUCCGCAUCCAGCUGCUCCGGAGCCUGGGAAAUCAUCGACUCGCUGGACGCGCAGCUGGAGCUGGAGGGAGAGAGCGAGCCGGCGGCCGGCUCCCCCGACAGAGCCGUGCAGCCCCUCUGACCCCACCUGAACGGGGGCCGGAUCUGGCCUUGCAGCAGCGCUUCCCGGCUCUUCUUUUUUUCUGGCGUCUUCGAGAGCGGCACGGCAGCCCUGCCUGCUUCCCCGUGCCGCGGUGACGGCGAAGCCGCAGCGUGGGCAGCCCUCCUGCAAACCCGCCAGGACGCUCGGCCGUGGGGUGCCAGCCUGGCACGGGGCAGCUCGGCACCUCCGGGGAUCUCUGCCCGUCGGCCACCCUUUCGUUGUGCCCACGGCUUAACUACGGGAUCCCGCUCAGCCGUGUCCCUGCUCCCCGCUUCUCCACGCUUGCAGCUCAGCACGGUGGGGGUCUGCACCCUCUUCCCACUGCCGCACCCCAAAAGGGCUCUUGAAAUGUGCUGGUGGCUCUUUCCACCAAACGCCUCCGCUCGCGGCCCAGGAUCCCAUUGCCCAAUCCUGCCCUGUGGGGGUAUUUCACUUCGCCCCUUUCUGUUCAUACCUCCCUUCAUCCCUGCAAUGUGAAGGUCGAGUUGGGGUGCCCGGGCCGGCCGGCUGGGCGCUGUCCCGGCGUCGCCGCACGGCUGGGAGGGGCUGAGCACGCUGCACCGGGUGUCCGGGUGCUCCCGUGUCUGCGAGCAGUCGGGAUCAGCACCGCCAGUGCCACUCCUGCACUUUUGAGGCAUGGGGUGAAUCGGUUUUGUACUGGGACCUCUUCCUGCUACUACUGGGAACUGGAAGACUGGAACAAUCCUUGUGUUCACAGGGGCGAGUCGGUCCUCUUGGGUUAGGUACUUUCUAGCUCUAGAAGUGGAGUCGGAAAUAAAUCAGCGUCUCAUUUCUUCUCCGA